AUGAUAAAGUGUACGCACGCAGUAGUGAACAAGCGAGCCACCGUAUUCCGCGUGUCCAACGAGGUCAUUUUCCAUCCUCGCUUAUGGCACUGGGUAUUCCAGCAAGAUUCGGCGUCAGCUCAUAGAGCGAAGAGCACACAAGACUGGUUGGCGGCGCGUGAAAUCGACUUCAUCCGGCACGAAGACUGGCCCUCCUCCAGUCCAGAUUUGAAUCCGUUAGAUUACAAGAUAUGGCAACACUUGGAGGAAAAGGCGUGCUCAAAGCCUCAUCCCAAUUUGGAGUCACUCAAGACAUCCUUGAUUAAGGCAGCCGCCGAUAUUGACAUGGACCUCGUUCGUGCUGCGAUAGACGAUUGGCCGCGCAGAUUGAAGGCCUGUAUUCAAAAUCACGGAGGUCAUUUUGAAUAA